AUGGUGAGACCAAAGGAGCUGUCUGAGGCCUUCAGAAAGAAGAUUUGCGUAGUGGUCGGUGACGGCGCCGUGGGGAAAACCUGCCUCCUCAUCUCCUACACCACUGGAGCUUUUCCCAAAGAGUACAUCCCAACCGUCUUUGACAAUUACAGCAGCCAGGUGACCGUAGACAGCAGGAUCAUCAGCCUGAACCUGUGGGACACGGCGGGCCAGGAGGAGUACGACCGCCUGAGGACACUCUCGUACCCACAGACUAACGUCUUCAUCAUCUGCUUCUCCAUCUCCAGCCCGGCCUCCUACGAGAACGUCAAACACAAAUGGCACCCUGAGGUUUCCCACCACUGCCCCGGGGUCCCCAUCCUCCUGGUUGGCACCAAGAGUGACCUCCGAAAUGACGCCGACACCCAGAAGAAGCUGAAGGAGCAGAAUCAGGCACCCGUCACUCACCACCAGGGCGUCGCGCUGGCUCGCCAGAUCCAAGCCGUGCGCUACCUGGAGUGUUCCGCUCUCAACCAGGACGGAAUUAAGGACGUGUUUGCCGAGGCCGUCAGGGCCUUCCUUAACCCGGAGCCCGUCGUCUCGAGGAAACCUUGCGUGCUGCUCUGA